AUGUCUUCCAGAUCUAAUCGCUUUGCCAACGAGCAAACGCCGCUAAUUAAUGGCGAGUCUGCUUCGUCGGCUCAGGCUGGCAAUCAUACUCAGCACCAGCACAAAACCGGCGUCAGGACCUUUCUAUUUGAUAGAGAGCAUACUCCCGGAAAUGACAGCGAAUCAAUCGCGGUGCGCAGCGCCGCGUAUACCUGGCAUGUCACCAAAGUGACCCUCCUGAGCGGCUAUGUCAACUUCCUCCUCGUAAUGGUCCCUAUCGGCAUCGUGGCUGGCGCGCUCAACUGGAACCCAACCGCCGUCUUCACCAUCAACUUCUUAGCCAUCAUCCCACUUGCUGCGGUUCUCUCCUUUGCCACCGAAAUGCUUGCGAGUAAAUUGGGCCAGGCCAUGGGCGGCUUGCUGAACGCAACAUUUGGAAACGCUGUGGAAUUGAUUGUCAGCAUUGUCGCCCUGAAAGAUGGCCAGAUUGUGGUCGUGCAGUCAUCAAUGCUUGGUUCCAUCUUGUCCAACUUGCUUCUUGUUAUGGGAAUGUGCUUCCUUUUUGGUGGAUUAGUACACCGAGGCACCAAUGGAGACGGCAGGGAGCAGUCUUUCUCCGCCGCCGUCGCCCAGACGACAUGCUCCCUCAUGACGCUAUCCUCUGCCUCUCUUGUCAUUCCCGCAGCCCUUUAUGCUGUCCUAGCUCAGAACGGAUCGCAAGACAAGAAUAGUAGCAUUCUGAUUCUGUCACGAGGCACUGCCAUUAUUCUGUUGCUACUUUAUAUCAUGUACCUCGUUUUCCAACUGCGAACCCACAGCAACCUUUUUGAUGAAGAAACUCAACAAGAAGGCGAGGAGGAGGAAGAUGCCAGCAUUGGACCUGUUGCUGCCGGCAUUGUUCUGGUUGUUGUUACGGUCCUGGUGGCCAUUUGCGCCGAGUACCUUGUCGGAACCAUCGAUGAUAUAGUCGAGAGUGCGAAUAUCAGCAAGGCGUUUAUUGGUCUGAUUCUGAUUCCUAUCGUUGGCAACGCUGCUGAGCACGUCACUGCUGUGGUUGUGGCCCUCCGCGACAAGAUGGACCUCGCUAUGGCUGUUGCCAUUGGCUCUAGCAUCCAGAUUGCUCUUGGUGUUACUCCUUUCCUGGUCAUUGUUGGAUGGAUUAUCGGGCAGCCAAUGUCGUUGCACUUUGAGACUUUCCAAACCGUCGCAUUUGCCGUAUCGGUUCUAGUCGUCACAUACACCGUCCAAGAUGGCAAAUCUAAUUAUCUCGAAGGAGCCAUGCUUUUGGGUUUAUACCUUAUUAUCGCUGUCGCCUUUUACGCAACGCCCAGCGACGCCUUUGACGGGAGCUUUGCUCAAUUGCUGGGUAAAUCCUCAUGA